AUGGCAUAUUUGCACUUGAGCCACAAGGAGAUGCCCAUGAUUGAAGAUUCAACAGGCACAGAGGAGAAUCCUUACGUGAUGCUGAAAGCCAACUACCAGGAGCUGGAGGGGAAUGAGCGCUAUGAGGGUUUUUGCGUGGACAUGCUGAAGGAGCUGGCCGACAUCCUGAAGUUCAACUACCGCAUUAAGCUGGUGAGCGAUGGAGUGUACGGUGUCCCGGGUGCCAAUGGAACCUGGACGGGAAUGGUGGGCGAGCUCAUCGCCCGGAAGGCUGAUCUAGCCGUGGCCGGCCUGACCAUCACAGCCGAGAGAGAGAAGGUCAUUGAUUUCUCCAAGCCCUUCAUGACACUGGGGAUUAGUGUCAUGUACCGAGUACAUUUGGGAAGAAGACCAGGGUAUUUUUCCUUCCUGGAUCCCUUCUCUCCAGGGGUCUGGCUCUUCAUGUUGCUGGCAUAUCUAGCAGUUAGCUGUGUGCUCUUUCUGGUAGCCAGGUUGACCCCCUACGAAUGGUACAAUCCACACCCCUGUCUGAAGGGACGCUGUAGUCUCCUCAUUAAUCAGUACUCUCUGGGGAACAGUUUCUGGUUCCCAGUAGGGGGGUUCAUGCAACAAGGUUCCACCAUUGCUCCACGAGCUCUCUCUACACGUUGUGUCAGUGGAGUAUGGUGGGCCUUCACCCUUAUCAUCAUCUCUUCCUACACGGCUAACCUGGCUGCCUUCCUCACUGUCCAGAGGAUGGACGUUCCCAUCGAGUCUGUGGAUGAUCUGGCAGAUCAGACAGCCAUAGAGUACGGCACCAUGCACGGUGGCUCCACCAUGACCUUCUUCCAGAACUCGCGUUACCAGACGUACCAGCGCAUGUGGAACUUCAUGCACUCCAAGCAGCCCAGUGUAUUUGUGAAGAGCACAGAGGAGGGUAUCGCCCGUGUACUGAACUCCAAUUAUGCGUACCUACUAGAGAGCACCAUGAAUGAGUACUAUAGGCAACGCAACUGCAAUCUCACACAGAUUGGAGGUCUGCUGGACACCAAGGGCUAUGGCAUUGGAAUGUCUCUGGGCUCUGUGUACCGGGAUGAGUUUGACCUGGCCAUCCUCAGACUGCAGGAAGAGAACCGGUUGGAGAUCCUAAAAAGGAAAUGGUGGGAAGGUGGAAAGUGUCCAAAGGAGGAGGACCAUAGAGCCAAAGGACUUGGCAUGGAGAAUAUCGGUGGGAUCUUUGUAGUCCUGGUCUGUGGCCUGUUAAUUGCUAUCUUCAUGGCGGUACUGGAGUUUGUAUGGAUGCUGCGUCAUACUCCAGGAACAGAGAACAAGUGUGAGAAGGAUGCACAUUCUGACCAGCUCGCUAAGUUGUCAGUGUGUGAGGAGAUGCUGCGGGAGUUGCAAGGCAUCGUGCUGUGUCAGGACAGCCUGCAGCUGCGACGGAGACGUAGCGGUGGCACCAGUGCUCUGCGCCCGCAUCCUCUACCCACAGAGGACAGACGUGCUCGGCCCACAGGGACCAGCCUCAGCAAUGGCAGGUUGUGCACAGGCACGGGACUGUCAGAGCCACUCUCCCACAAACUGGCACAGGAGGCGGCCAUUGUGGCACGUGGUUGCAGCCACAUCCGCAUCUGCCCCGAGUGCAGACGCUUCCAGGGGCUGCGGGUGCACCCACCAGGGACCCCACGGGCAUCACCCACCCACAGUGAUGAUAGCUUCGAGUGGGACAAGACCACCAACAGCAGUGAACCUGAAUAACAAACACUGGCUUUUCACUAAACUGAGUCUGUAAAAGAGUAGGGAUUGAGGAACAGAUAAACUCGAUUUGAAGAUAUGUUUAUAUUUCCGAAAGCUGGAAUGGGGUCUAAUCUCUGUAUACACUGCCCUCUCCAUCAUCUGCCCUGAAUAGCAUUUUGCAGCAAACAGAAGGGGGGCUUUGUACUAUGCAGCAUUUUUUUUUUUUUUUGUCUUACUGUGCUGUUGAUUUUACUUUAAAUUAUUCCUUUUUGGUUGUGAGAUCACAGUUGUACUAUUACUAGAUGAUUGCAAUUGCUAUUUUCUUGUUCUCACAAUGAUCAUGAUUACACCUUUUAUUUUCCUCAACCAGCGGAGAGGCAUUCUUUACUGAUGACAGCCACAGGGAACUAGUUGUGAAGACUUUACACUUCAUCGCAGUUUGGAAGCAUUUUUUUAAGUGCUGAAUAAACCUGGUAUUGAUUUUUUUUUUUGUCCCGCUACAUGGUCUUGAGGAUAUGACUGCGAAGAGAACUGAACACACAACCAUGAUGAUAUCUUUUUAACUAUAGUGAUAUUCUAUUUAAAAAAAAAAGAUAGAGCUUUGAUAUGGACGUGUGAAGGUUUUGUUGAGAGUUCCAGAGAGAAAUUUUCUGUUAUUUUGUUCCAUUUCUGUUAUUUUGUGCGGCAAUUUUAAAACCCUUAUCAGCAAUGUUUGUAAAGGCUUUAGGUUGUAUUGGAAGAGGUUUUGGUCGUGUUGAUCGUUUCUGGUUGUUCAAGCAUGAGACUGUAGAAUUAUAUGAUUCUGUCUGACGUAAGACUGGUUCUGGGAAUAUUUGCCUUACAAGUGUAGUUUAAGGGUUUAAAAGUGUUCAGUAAAAAUCAUUCCCAUGUUCAUAUUUCUCUGGUCUAAAACUGAGAACAGUGAGUUCUCAUCAUGUCCACAGCACAGUUUCAACCUAAACUCCUAAUUCACACAAGCGAA